UGAGCGCAGUAGCAACGCAACCGGUGCGCCAACAAAGCGCGCGAAUCGUUGACAUUUUCCGCGAUCAUUUUAUUUAUAUUACCAUAUGUCACGUUGUCAUUGAUGUAUUUUAUCAAAAUAUUUCCUUAAAAACUUAUUACUGGUUAUUCAGUUAUAUUUGAGUUUGAAUUAAAUAUAAAAUUGAUCCGGAAUCAUUCAAGUGAUGAUGGAAAGUGAUUCGUUUGCGAUUGUUGAUAUAAACAUAAGUGAUAAGGAUACAAAUAAAUCAACCAAAAAUGACGUAGUAAACAUCAACAAGAAGACGUUAGUUCCCACCGUUAUAAAAAUACAGAGAGAUCGCGGUGAACGCGAUUAUAUAGGUUUUGCAACUUUGCCAGAGCAAGUGCAUCGGAAAUCUGUUAAACGGGGGUUUGAUUUCACACUUAUGGUUGUAGGAGAAUCAGGCCUAGGAAAAUCGACCCUUAUCAAUAGCUUAUUUCUUGGAGACCUCUACAAAAGUAGAAAAAUAGCUGAUGUCCAAGAUAGAGUUGAGAAAACAACAACAAUAGAAAAGAAGACUAUGGAAAUUGAGGAACGGGGUGUGAAACUCCGUCUUACAAUUGUCGAUACGCCUGGCUUUGGAGAUGCAAUCAACUGUGAAGAUUCAUGGAGGGUUUGCUCAGCUUAUGUUGAUGAGCAAUUUCGACAGUACUUUACCGAUGAAAGCGGGCUCAAUAGAAGGCAUAUGCAGGACAAUAGAGUGCAUUGCUGCCUUUACUUUGUACCACCAUGGGCACAUAGUCUUCGGCAAGUAGAUUUGGAGAUGAUGAAACGCCUACACCGCAAAGUCAACAUUGUGGUAAUUAUAGCAAAAGCAGAUUCCCUUACUGCUGCCGAAGUGAAGCGACUUAAAUCACGCAUACUUGAUGAUUUGGAUGAAUAUCAGAUUCAGGUAUAUCAAUUUCCUGAAUGUGAUAGCGACGAAGACGAAGAGUUCAAGCAGCAGGACCGCGACUUAAAAGCAGCAGCACCAUUUGCUGUUGUUGCUGCGGACACCGUGCUAGAAGUUGGGGGGAAGAGAAUACGCGGGAGACAGUAUCCUUGGGGAAUUGUCGAUGUGGAAAACCCCAGACACUCGGACUUCACAAAGCUCCGUACGAUGCUUAUAUCAACACACAUGCAGGACCUCAAAGAUGUGACCCAGGAUGUUCACUACGAGAACUUCCGGGCCCAGUGCAUUUCGCAAAUAUCACAGCACGCUAUGAGGGAACGAGGGAAACUUAAGAGAGACUCUAUGGGCAACAACCAUGACGUAGUGAUAACCGACACUGAUAGACUCCUGCUGCAGAAAGAUGAAGAAAUAAGACGAAUGCAGGACAUGCUGACACAAAUGCAAGAAAAGCUUAAAGCCACUGAUAAAAAACACGACAGUAUUAUCGACGUAUAGACUGCAAUAUAAUGUAGCAUAGUUCAAUUGUCACCUAAUUCCAGUUUACCUAGUAGUUAAAAAUGUAUCUAGAAAGAUUAAAAACCUCUUUAGAAAAAUCAAAUGAAUUUAGACAUAACAUAAGGUCUAAUUGUAGUUUGUUGAAAUGUUUAAAUAGGUAAGAUUCACAUACAAGUCAAAUACACUGGUAGAAGUGUAGCUUAUCUAAUAGUUUUGUAUAAAAACUACUCUGUCAAGAAAGUACCAGAAACGAUUUCUUUAGAAAUUACGCAAAAUAUAUACGACAAUGUGUUCCACAUAGUAAUAAUGAUGUGACGAAUAAGGUUGCUCGAUGGUAUUUCAUCCGUUUUUGACAAAUAUUCCUUCAUAAUAAUAGCCUUCUACGAAAAUAGGUGACGAUGUGCAAUAACGAGAUCCACAGUGGAGCGUUUGGAAAAAGUUGAAAAAGAAAACAGCCAAAUAACGAAAAAGACAAAGGUUCGUUUGACGUAUAAUCUUGUCUUGUCUUAAGUGAUAAUUUUCAGUUAUUUUUAUGUUAACAUUAGUUGAAGACAUGACCAGUCUACAUUACAAACAUAAAUGGAAUUUGCAUCUAAGUAUAACCAAUAUCCCAAUACUUUAUUGACAGAAUACCUUUAAUAUAAAACCAAAAGUAUAAGUCCAAUUUCAUUUGUUAUAUCUAAUUAGAAAAUAGAAUGAAGCUGAACGUACCAAACACAAAAUUAGUAUUGAAGGCUAAAACUAUGUAAUUUAUAGGAACUUCUAAGGCAGUGACAGUUCACGCCUAGUCAUGUGAGAGUUUUCAUAGAAAUUCAGUUGGCGAUCCCUAAUAGGGUUAGCAAAAGUAUUUCGUUUCUCGAAAUAUUAACAGAAUUAUUAAGAUUUAGAGACGGAGUCAUUCUUGAUAUUUUCCUUUAAGAAGCACAAAAAUUAGAGAAAGUAGACGUAGGUAAAGUAUUACAAUUUGUGUACAUAUUUAAAUAUUUUUUAUUUAAACACUUUAUUACGGUUUAUCAAAACCAGUUAUAUAGCGUAUUUAUAUUUAUUGUUAAGAAACAUGUUUUUUCCCAUAUAGAAUCUUAUUACUAUAAGUAUUAUUUCCAAUUCAAAGUUACAAUAUAAAGCAAAGUGGUGGACAAGAAAAUGGUAAAUAUUAAUAACAUUAGUCAUCGUUCUACUUUACCCAAUAUUCCUAUUAAAAUAUACAUUUAAUAAAGCAAAAAAAAUAUCAAUCUCUUUUUAUGAAAAUUUAAGAAUAAAAUGACAAAUAUGUAGUUGUGUUUAACAAGGAUUCAACUUUCUUAAGUCAGAUAGUAAAUUUCUUGCAGGUAUAUACACUUACUACUUUAGUAUGGUUUACGUGUCAAUCAUACUACCUAAGUAUAUUGAUUUUCUAAUAAUUAUCCAGGAUCACUAUUAACUUUAAAGUUAAGAUGACACCGUUAUUUAUUGCAAAAGAAUAAAACCAAAGUUUUUUACACUGUAUGUUUGAUAUUUUUUUUAUCAAGUAUAAAAUAAAUUGAUACUUUACAUA